GGGGGUGGGUGGGGGGAAGGGGGAGAGGCUUUUCUUGGACUGUCCUUCAGAAGGAAAUACCGUUGAUCCAUUGCCAACACCGUGUCGGGUUCUCGCCCCUCUCCCCUGUGGCUGAGAGAUGGCGGCUGAUGGCGAGGGAAGGGGUUGUGAAUAAGUAGCCGAUCUGUCUCCAGGUGUUGGAGCGGGCAGUGGUGUGAACAUGGCGGGUGGAGUAGCUGCUUGGCUCCCCUUUGCCAGGGCAGCAGCCAUUGGAUGGAUGCCAGUCGCUAACUGCCCCAUGCCUCUGGCCCCAGGGGACAAGCACAAGAAACAGGACGAGUUGUUGGUCCUCAACGUGAGCGGGAGACGCUUCCAGACCUGGAGGAACACCCUGGAGAGGUUUCCGGACACCCUGCUGGGCAGCACAGAGAAAGAGUUCUUCUUCAACGACGAGAGCAAAGAGUAUUUCUUCGACCGAGACCCUGACAUCUUCAGGAACGUGCUGAACUUCUACAGGACUGGCAAACUCCACUACCCGCGGCACGAGUGCAUCUCGGCCUACGACGAGGAACUCUCGUUCUUUGGUAUUAUCCCCGAGAUCAUCGGCGACUGCUGUUACGAGGAAUACAAGGACCGUAGGCGGGAGAACGCCGAACGGCUGAUGGACGACAGCGACAAUGAGAAUGGGGGCGAGGGCGCCCUGCCCUCCAGAACCUUCCGCCAGACCAUGUGGAGGGCUUUCGAGAACCCGCACACCAGCACCAUGGCGCUGGUCUUCUACUACGUCACCGGUUUCUUCAUCGCCGUGUCGGUAAUCACCAACGUGGUGGAGACGGUACCCUGCGGCAACGACCCCGGAAGCGUCAGGGACUUGCCCUGCGGCGAGAGGUACUCGGUAGCUUUCUUCUGCCUGGACACGGCUUGUGUCAUGAUCUUCACGGUGGAGUACCUGCUCCGAUUCUUCGCCGCCCCCAGUCGCUACAGGUUCAUGAGGAGCGUGAUGAGCAUCAUUGACGUGGUGGCCAUCAUGCCCUACUACAUUGGGUUGGUCAUGACCAACAACGAGGACGUCAGCGGGGCCUUUGUCACCCUCAGGGUCUUCAGGGUCUUCAGGAUCUUCAAGUUCUCGCGUCACUCCCAAGGCCUGAGGAUCCUGGGCUACACCCUCAAGAGCUGUGCCUCCGAGCUGGGCUUCCUGCUCUUCUCCCUCACCAUGGCCAUCAUCAUCUUCGCCACCGUCAUGUUUUACGCCGAAAAGGGCUCCACCCACAGCAAGUUCACCAGCAUCCCCGCCUCCUUCUGGUACACCAUCGUCACCAUGACAACUCUGGGCUAUGGGGAUAUGGUACCUAAGACCAUCGCUGGUAAGAUCUUCGGGUCUAUCUGCUCGCUGAGUGGGGUCCUGGUGAUCGCUCUUCCCGUCCCCGUCAUCGUCUCCAACUUCAGCCGCAUUUACCAUCAGAACCAACGGGCAGAUAAACGUCGGGCACAGAAGAAAGCCAGGUUGGCCCGCAUCAAGAUAGCAAAGACCGGCAACUCUAAUGCCUACCUACAGGUCAAACGCAACGGCCUGAUGAACGAGGCACUGGACCUCACGGAUUGCGGUGAUAAGGAACAGCAGCAGAACAUGAACAAGCCGGGCUCCAACAUCGCCAGACAACACCACCACUUACUGCACUGCUUAGAAAGAACCACGGGAUUGGCUUACCUCUUGGAUGAUCCGCUCUUAACCAUUCGAACGUCAAGCUCCAUUAAGAACCACGAGUUCGGGGACGAUCAGACGUUGGAGGGGAACUGCCUCGAGGGAUCGCUGAGGAACUGCCCCACGUCCCGAAGCCCGUCCAUGUCCUCGGGGUCCGCGCAGGGCAGCGUCUGCUGUAGCCGCCGGGGCAACAAGAGAACGUCCCACCUGCCCAAUGCCAGUGUGUGCACGGCCCAUCUACACAGCAUGCAGGAGCUCAGCACCAUCCACAUCGGGGAACAGGCCUCCUCCAUCACCAGCCAGUCGAGCCUGAACGACAAACCAGACGAUGGGUCGCGGACAAACUGCAGGAGUUCGCAGGUCACCACCGCGAUCGUCAGCAUGGCCAUGCCCACCCCGCAGGGCCCCGGCCCCGCCCCAGAGGGAGGACCCCGCCCGCUCGGCCCGGGACAGCCGUCCAUCAUCGCCACAUGCAACGUGGUCAAGGUCUCCGCGUUGUGA